UUUUUUUUUUCUUUUUUCUUUUUUCUUUUUUAAGGGAAGCCAGUAGUAGUUUCCGGAAUUCCAAGUUAGGACCAUACCCGCGAGCGAAAAGAUAAUACCCAAAUUCCGAACAAACAUUGAAGUGGCGUAGGAUUCUUCUUUCCCAAAAUCUCUGCAAAGUAGUCCGAAGCAAUUCUCAAUCGGAAGAAGAAGAAGAAAAUGGGGAAGCAACCGGUGAGAAUGAAGGCGGUGGUGUACGCGCUGUCGCCGUUCCAGCAGAAGGUGAUGUCGGGCCUCUGGAAGGACCUUCCCGGCAAGAUCCACCACAAGAUCUCCGAGAACUGGAUCAACGCCGUCCUCCUCGUCACCCCUCUUGUUGGCACCUACACGUAUGUCCAGAUUUACCAGGAGAAAGAGAAGUUGGCGCAUAGGUACUGAAGGCUUGGUUUCACUUUCAGCGGAAUGUAGCUCAGACUUUCUCUUAUGUAGCUGCAACUUUGUGUGCCAUUAUAGAUUAUCUUACUGGUUUCUUUCCUUUCUUUUUUUUUUUUUUUGGUUACAUAGACCAUGAUUUUGCCUAUUUUCCACUAGAUAUGAGUUAAGUAACCAAAUUGGAAUAAUGUCUGAAUGUGGAUGUUUUUGUAAUAAAUAUUUAGGUUUCCCUAUCGUUGGAUAAUUUG